UUAAAUAGUUACUUGUGUGGAAGAAAAUUCUAAUUAUUUUAUAAAUUAAUAAAAUAAUAAUUUCAAAAAAUGGUUUAUGAAAAUAUAAAUAAUUAUUAAAUAUAAUCCAGAGCUUUAUUGAGUUGAUUUAUAAUAAGUAUAAAUAUUUUGUAUAACAGAUAAAAUAUGUGGAGUGAAUUUAAUAAUCGAAUAUUUUCUCUUGCUUGUAAAACAUCAAUAGUUACAGAUGAUGAUAAAAAUUAUAUUACCGAUACUUUUCGUUGGCUGAGAAACAAUUCUUCUGAUUCAAAUGAUAUCAAUAAACAAAAUUUAUUGGAUAAUGGAUUAAUUAAAAUAUGUUUAUGGUACUUCGAAGAUUAUUUUAGAGAAGAUAAUCUAAGUCGUUCUAUAAUCUUACAAUUUUUAUCUAAUUUUUCUAUGAAUAAUAAGAACGUUCAAGAACAAAUCUUCAAAGGAUUUCAUAAAAAAAUAAGGGUUACUUUCUUAAGUUCCAAUGAUGCAAAAUUACUUAAUACUAGUAUAAUGAUACUGUAUACUUUGAGUAUAAAUAAUAAUGAACUAAGAGUUCAAGUACUACAAGAUGAUGAAUUAAUUAAAGAAGUAUUUAAAAAAUGGGAAAAAGCGGAAUUAGAAUAUUGCAAAAUAUUUUUAGAUUCAAUUUUUUCAAAUUCAAAAGAUUUUUUUAUUAUUUAUAAGAAUAUUUGUAGCCAAACUCAGUCCGAUUUACUUGAAAUAUUAUGUAUUUGGCUUGAACAUUAUGAGGAAGAAGUGUCAAUUGAUGUAAUAGAUACAAUAGGAAAAAAAUUAUUUAUGGAAAUAACAUAUUUUGAUGAGGUGAAAAAUUCAGUACUAAAUAUAUUAGCAAAGUCUUCUUCAAUUAGUAAAUUUAAAAGCAAAUUUGAUAAUGAUCCACAAUUUUUGAAAAAAAUUAUAGAUUUACUUAAGUAUGUACAUGAAAGAAGUAAAAAUAAUAAUGAAUUCAGUGAAGUAAAAAAUUUGUCGACAUUAUUUUCUGGUUCUGAAAUAAUCUCUCAUAGUAGAUUUUGUUUUAAAUCUGAUAUUAUUAGAUUAAUUUCUAAUAUUUGUCACAAUAAUUUAGAUAAUCAAAAUAUGAUACGUACAGAGCAUGUCAUACCAAUAUUGUUAGAAUGCUGUUCAUUUGAUGCAAAAAACCCAUUAAUGCGAGAAUGGAGUAUAGUGGCUUUGAGAAACAUUCUAAAUGGUAAUUUAAAUAAUCAGACUUUUGUUGCUAAUAUUGAUGCAAUUGGUCCAAUUGAUCAAAAUUCUAAAAUUGCAUUCUAACACAAUUUAAAAUAUUUUAUAUCAAAUUUUGUAAAUAUAAUGUUAUUAAAUUUUGUAUUUUAUACUUCUUUAAAUAUUUAUAUUUUAAGAUAAAAAUAAAAAUGUUUUUUUAAUAAA